AUGGCGACGGAACGACGAAUAAAGUCUUUGAAGCUGCGACAGCGCAGCAUCCAAACGUCUUUCGACCUCAUCAAGGCGUUUGUCGACAAUUAUGAGGAUGAUACUGAUGCUUGUCAAGUACAGGUGAGACUAGAGCACCUUGCAUCGCUCUGGUCCGAUUUCAAUAAAGUGCAGGCAGAACUCGAAUCACUCGACGAAACCGGCAUCGAGCAACAAUUCAAACAUCGAUCCAGCUUUGAAUCUGCUUAUUAUAAAGUGAAGGGUUUUUUACUAACCCUUAAUAAAACGCCUGUUACACCGUGCGCUUCUGGUUCUCCUUAUGCUGGUCAUUUCCCUCCAUCGGCUUCGCACGUGCGCUUGCCCGAUGUCAAACUCCCAGUGUUCAGCGGGAAUCUAGAUAACUGGCUAAAUUUUCACGAUUUGUAUCUGUCGCUGGUUCAUUCAUCCGCCGAACUUUCCAACAUUCAGAAAUUCUACUACUUACGCUCUUCGCUAUCUGGGGACGCAUUAAAAUUGAUCCAAACCAUCCCCAUUAGUGCCAACAAUUAUGUAGUCGCUUGGAACCUACUGGAAGAUCACUAUCAGAAUCCUGCAAGGUUAAAGCAUACUUAUGUGGAUGCUCUUUUCGAGUUCUCAACUAUUAAACGUGAAUCCGCAUCGGAACUGCAUUCGCUGGUGGAAAAAUUUGAGGCAAACGUUAGAGUGCUACAACAGCUCGGCGAGCAAACACAGUGUUGGGACAUUUUACUUAUUCGAAUGUUAAGUAUUCGAUUAGACCCAACGACGCGGAGAGAUUGGGAAGAAUAUGCAUGGACCAGAGACGCAAUUUCUUUUCCUGAUCUUACAGCCUUCAUUCAACGUCGCGUGACUGUGCUCCAAAAUAUGCAAUCUAAUUCCGCUGACAUUGUAUUAGCUUCCAAUGUGAAAAAGGGAAACAUUCGCCCUGUAGCCAGUCAUGGAGCAAAUUAUUUUAAUUCUCGGAAAUGUAUCAUGUGCAACGAAAAUCAUGCUAUAUAUCAGUGCUCCAAAUUCUCAAAACUACGCUUGGAGGACAAGGAAAAGGAAGUACGUCGUCUUCAGUUAUGCCGCAACUGCUUACGUCGGGGUCAUAUGGUCAAGGAAUGUUCAUCAUCCAGCACAUGUCGUAAAUGCCAAGGUCAUCAUCACACUCAACUGUGCUCAAGUGUCGCGUGCGAGCAGAAGUUAUCGAACUCACCUACGUCCCAAGCUACUUUUUCUCAAGCAACCGAGCAAUCAAGAUUACCGUCAGUGUCUGCCACGCUCACCGACUUAGUGAGCCACGCUUCGUCAAGUCACAAGAGCCAUUGUGUAAUUUUAGCCACUGCAGUUGUCAUUUUAGUUGAUGAAAAGGGCAAUCGUCAUCCUGCUAGAGCAUUAUUGGAUUCUGGCAGCGAAUGCUGCUUUGUAACUGAUCGUCUUGUUCAAUCACUUCGAGUGCAGCGCAAACGGACAUUCGUUCCGGUCGCAGGAAUCGGUCAGUCGUCUACCAAUGUUCGUCAGAAAUUUUUAACUACUAUACGAUCACGCAUUAGCGACUAUAGUGCCAACGUAGAGCUUCUAGUCUUACCUAAACUAACUGUAGACCUGCCAACCGUUUCGGUAGACAGUACGUCGUGGCAAUUUCCUCCGGACAUACAGCUGGCUGAUCCUAAUUUUUUGUAG